AUGCCAGGCCCUAACAAGCCAAGUUGCCGUUCUUCCCUCAUUCUCAUCCUCGUCCUCCUCUCCCUCUUACCAUCUUUCAAUGUGUCACCGACAAUGUCGUGGACGGUAACGGUAACGUCGCCGGUAACGGCGACGGCGGCGAAAGUAAUCGGAGCGGAGAGAGUUACUUACAAGUCCCCAGAUCCGAACGAAGAGGAGAACUUAGAAGCUGCGUUAGGCAAGAUUAAAGCCCCAGUUCAGGCCUUAACGGUGCCAACCCUCCGAAAGACUCUAGCGGAGCAUUCUCGCGUCCUUGUAGUGUUCUUCAAUAAGGAGGAUAAGGCGUUUCCGUUGCUCGUGGAUGACGUCUCCGGCGCGAAACCGGAGUUGACUAAGCUGGGUGUGACUGUAGCGAUGGUGGAUGGAGUCGCGGCGGGCGAAAGCGUUCGCGAAGAGUUCAAGGCGUAUGGCGACAUGCCGAAUUUCGUGCUCGUCAGGGACGGAGUUUUCAGACCCAUCAGAGGCUACCCCGAGAGUGACGAGCUCGUCACCUUUGUGAAGAAGCGCCUGGGCCUGUCAGUGACCCACCUCUCCGCCUCGGAAGCACACAAGGCACACUCCCUGCUCGCUGCUUCCAACGCCAUCGCCCUCGCCCUCCUGCACUCCCUCAAGGGCCCUGAGGCAGAGGCUUUCGCAGAAGCUUCCCGCGACAUUGACGAUAUCGAGUUUAUCGCGACGACAGACGCUAACAUUGCUGCAGAGUUCAGGAUUGUGAGCAAGGAGCGGCCGACAGUGGCAGUUAUUAAGAAGGAAGAUGAGAAGUUCGUGGCUCAUGACGGUCCCUUCACCAGCAGUGCCAUUGCCGCCUUUGUAACGGCGAACAAGCUGCCUCUGGUUACCACCUAUGACGAGGAGAGCCAGUACACGAUCUUUAACAGUGACAUAAAGAAACAAGUGCUGCUUCUGGCAACGAAUGGGACCUACCCGCAGCACCUGCCAGUGGUGAAGGAGGCUGCCAUGCGGGUGAAAGGACUGGCCCUCUUUGUCUACAUCAACAGCGACCUCCCGGAAUCAGAACACGCUCUGGAGUACUUUGGCUUCAGGCACGGCGAUACUGCGAUCAUGGGCAUGGAGUCCAAUGAGACGGAUGAGGUCAAAUUCAAGUUCAACGGGCAGAUCACCACUGAUGACAUCGAGGCCUUUGCUCGUGAGCUUGCUGCCGACCGUGUGGAGCCUUAUUACCUCUCCGACCCCAUCCCAGAGAAGAAUGACGGGCCAGUGCUGACGGUGGUGGGGAAGAAUUUCAAGGAGAUCGUGAUGGACAGAACCAAGGACGUGCUACUCAAGAUUGAUGUGGAUCACUGUCAGGACUGCACAGACCUCGACCCCACCUUCAAGAAGCUCGCUCUUAAAUUCUCUGAUGUGCCCUCGCUCGUCUUUGCGCGGAUGAACGCGCGCAACAACGAAUACCCGGGCCUGGAGGUGUCGGCCUUCCCCACGCUGCUGCUCUACCCCGCCAAUCGCAAGUCUGAUCCGAUCGACACGCACCACACCCGCCUCGGCCCGUUGACCGACUUUGUUGUGAGGAACUCGGCCAUUCCGGUUAAGAUGCCCUCUGAGGUGCCACCUCAGAGGCCGUCCCAGCGCUCCAGGUCAAAGGAGGAGGCGGAAGAGGAGAAGGAGCUUCGCCGCGACCUUGAGGAGGCGAAGGCGCCGAAAAAAGGCGAUCAGCAAGAGAUUCCUGAGAAGCCUCAGGCCGUCGUCCUUCCGGACCAUCUGUUUUCUCUUCUCUCCAUUUCACCCACCCUGUGCACCUCCCUCAUCGGCUUCUCCCCCCGCAGCUCAUCUCCUUUCCGCCUCUCACCACUCCCACUUCCCCCUCCGCUCGCCCCACCCCUCCCCUCCUCUCGCAGGCAGCUCAUUGACUCACAGGCAGCUCCACGGCCCGAUACCCGAGCGCCUGGAGACUGUGUGUUUGGCGCACGCAAUACCAGCAGUGCACCAGCUGACCGGCCCCAUACCCCAGCGAUUGGAGACGGUGUGUGUGGCGUACGCGGUAGCAGCAGUGCACCAGCUGACCGUGCGAGUGCUCUUUUGGACUUCCUUACCUCUCUUCCCUUCUUCCCUCCCUUCCUUUCCUUCGCCCUCUUCCCUCAGGGCCCGAUACCCCAGCGCCUGGAGACUGUGUGUUUGGCGCACGCGGUGGCAGCAGUGCACCAGCUCACCGGUCCCAUACCCCAGCGCUUGGAGACUGUGUGUUUGGCGCACGCAGUAGCAGCAGUGCAUCAACUCACCGUGCGAGUGCUCUGGCUCUCAGAUGAGCCGCCAGCAAGCCAACAACAGCCGCAGCAGCAGCAGCAGCAGCAGCAGCAGAGGCAGAGGGCGGGCAUGCCAUACGUGCCGUUCUCAGCCCUGUUUGAGCCGGCGCUGACGGUGGUGGAGACGAAUCUCUCCGCUGCUGACGCCACCAGGCGGUUCAUCCACGAGCUCUUCACUCCCAAGGCGCGCCACUACGGCCCGUGCUUUCGAGACACAAGUGCUACGCGUCUGGUGUGGGCGCACGUGCAGAAGUGCUACGCGUCUGGUGUGGGCGCACGUGCAGAAGUGCUACGCGUCUGGUGUGGGGGCACGUGCAGAAGUGCUACUCGUCUGGUGUGGGCGCACGUGCAGAAGUGCUACGCGUCUGGUGUGGGCGCACGUGCAGAAGUGCUACGCGUCUGGUGUGGGCGCACGUGCAGAAGUGCUACGCGUCUGGUGUGGGGGCACGUGCAGAAGUGCUACUCGUCUGGUGUGGGCGCACGUGCAGAAGUGCUACGCGUCUGGUGUGGGCGCGGCUGCACCCCUCACCUUCCGCUGUUGCUGAGUUUGUGUUGCUCUCUUCCAUCUCCCCCUCCUUGUCGCCGCCACCCACAGGAGGACUGGCAGGAGGAGCGGGUGGGGUGUCUGGUGUGGGCGCACGUGCAGAAGUGCUACGCGCGGCUGCAGCCCUCCCCUGCUGUGGCUGCUAUGGUGCGAGAGGAGGGGUUGAACCAGACGCGAGUGGACAGCAGCAUUGGCGUGUACCUGGAUGCCACCCCCAGAGGCACCUGCCCCGGCUGUCCCUCCUCUCUCAAUCCUUCCGACUGUGCCGCCCGGACUCUCGCGCUCACCAUGCUCCACCGCCCGUCGAUCGACUUCACGCUCGGCUCCGCCGCCCAGUCGCACCCGGCGCACAUCGUCUCUUUCUUUGAUGCCGACCGCGCGCCGUACGUGUCGCCGUCCGCCGCGUUCCGGGCGGCAAACUGCGGAGAGAAGCUGGUGCAGGCGAUGGGGGAGAAGGGGGAGGGGGCGGCUGAGAGGCUUGCAGAAUUGGUACUGACAUGCAAGCAACGAGAGGUGGCGGAUCUCUUCCUCCUCGCGCAAACCACCGGCCUCGUGGUGAUGGAGCCGAGCACGCUCUCAGACUUCAUCGCAGCGAGGGGGAGGCACCGUCUCCCCUCCUUCCGCCUCUUCACGCCGCUGUGCCUGGCUGAGCGCGCCUGGCCCAUGACUGUUCAGCCAUUCGCCUACUUCUUUGCUGUGGAACCAACCCUUGGCAUAGCCUACUGCAGCAUGCCCAAGGUGGCCUGCACGGGAUGGAAGAUGUGGCUGCGAGCCAUGCUCGGCCUGCCCAAACCCCGAGACCCCUUCCUCGCACACAGCCACAAGACCUCAGGCUUGGGAGACCUCUCACAGAAAUACUCAGAAAAGCAAGCCACAAAGCUCAUGACACGCCGCACCAUGUUUAAAUUCACGUUCGUUCGGAACCCGUACGUGCGGAUCGCGUCGACGUACCUGAACAAGCUCGUGAUCACCGAUGCUCCGGAGAGGAAGGAGGGGUGGGGGACGCGGAAGUUUUGGAACCAGGAGUUUUUUGGGACCGCAAAGAGGAUUCUGGAUUUAUUGAAGGAUCCGGCGACGGAUCUUGUGAGCUUCCCGGAUUUUAUUCGGUUGUUGGAUCAUCUGAGGCGGACGCGUGUCAAGACGGACCGGCACAUCUCCAGACAGGUGGACAUUUGUGGCCUGGCGCACGUUCAGUAUGACUUUGUGGGUCGAUUUGAGCACUUGGAGGAGGAUGUGAGGCGGGUUACAGCGAGGUUCAACGACUCGCAUCUUGAUAUUUUCAACUUCGGCAAGUCGGUGCAUGCGACGAAUUCUGAGGCGCAACUCGCUCGGCUUUAUGACAGGGAUACGGUGCUGACUGUUUCUCGCAUAUUCAAGAGUGACCUCAAUGUUCCCCUCAACAACAUAACAUACGACAUGCCGGAUAUUCUGCGGAAACUUGUGGAAGGUGGUGCAAGUGGUGACACCAAGGUGCAAUGA